UAUAAGAAGACUCCACCGCCGCCCACCGCCCACCGCCCACCGCCGCCGUACUCCCUGGCCGGCGGAAGUGAGACCACCACCGUUUCGCUUCUUCCACUGCAUUUGUAGCUGGAGAUUAUCCUUCUCUUCAGGAUUCUUGAACUUCUCCGGGCAAAUACUCUCUCUCUGCCAUUCGUUCUGUUAGAGGUUUCUUUCAAUGGCUACGUUUUAUCUCUCUACGGGAGUGCCACUACUGAAAUCUGAUUCUACCAGAGUUGCUGACCACCUUGCAUCGUGUAGAAACGUUUCUGAUGCGUUUGGUAUUGAAGCGAAGACUGGAAGGAUGUAUGUGCAAUCGAAACAAAUCGCUUUGAUUAGAUGCUCGAGAAUAGCCGAGAAGCAGGAUGUUGCGUCGUAUAAAGGCUCUCUGGACACUGAUCAGGACAUUUCGAACUCUACCCUUGAUCAUCAAUCUAAUGGAUUCCCUCUUAGUAGGAUGAAGUUAACCACGAAAUCUAGAAGGAAAACUAAGAUAGUCUGCACCAUUGGUCCUUCCACAAGUUCACGUGAAAUGAUAUGGAAAUUGGCAGAGAUGGGUAUGAAUGUGGCACGUUUAAACAUGUCCCAUGGUGAUCAUUCUACCCACCAGAAAACCAUUGAUUUGGUUAAGGAAUAUAACGCACAAUUUAAAGACAAAGUUAUAGCCAUUAUGCUUGACACAAAGGGCCCUGAGGUUCGAAGUGGAGAUGUACCUAAACCAAUCUUGCUCAAAGAUGGACAAGAAUUUAACUUCACAAUCAAAAGAGGAGUCAGCACAGAAGACACUGUUAGUGUUAACUAUGACGACUUUAUAAAUGAUGUAGAAGUUGGCGAUAGUGUGCUUGUUGAUGGUGGAAUGAUGUCAUUGACUGUUAAGUCGAAGACAAAUGAUUUGGUUAAGUGUGUAGUCGUUGAUGGCGGCGAACUCAAAUCAAGGCGCCAUUUGAAUGUUCGUGGAAAAAGUGCGACAUUGCCUUCUAUAACAGACAAGGACUGGGAUGAUAUAAAGUUUGGGGUGGAUAAUCAGGUUGAUUUUUAUGCUGUUUCUUUUGUAAAGGAUGCUAGAGUGGUCCAUGAGCUGAAAGACUAUCUGAAAAGCUGUAAUGCAGAUAUUCAUGUGAUUGUAAAAAUUGAAAGUGCAGACUCAAUACCUAAUCUUCAUUCAAUACUUUCAGCAUCAGAUGGGGCAAUGGUAGCUCGUGGAGACCUUGGGGCUGAACUUCCAAUCGAGGAAGUUCCUUUAUUGCAGGAAACUAUUAUCAAAAGGUGUCAGAGCAUGCAGAAAACAGUUAUUGUAGCAACAAACAUGCUGGAAAGCAUGAUUGAUCAUCCCACACCAACUAGAGCUGAGGUUUCUGAUAUUUCUAUUGCAGUACGAGAAGGUGCUGAUGCAAUCAUGCUUUCAGGAGAAACUGCUCAUGGAAAGUAUCCAUUGAAGGCUGUGAACGUGAUGCACACCGUGGCUUUGAGGAUGGAAUCUAGUCUUCCAGUUAAUUCUACUACUCCAAAUCCAUUGAGUGUCCACAAGAGACAUAUGGGAGACAUGCUUGCUUUCCAUACCACCACUAUGGCCAACACCCUUAAGACUCCUAUCAUCGUUUUCACGAGAACUGGCUCCAUGGCUAUACUCUUGAGUCAUUACAGGCCCUGCUCUACUAUCUUUGCCUUCACUGACGACGAUAGGAUCAAACAAAGGCUGGUGCUUUAUCAUGGGGUCAUGCCCAUUUACAUGCAGUUUUCAAGUGAUGCAGAAGAGACGUUCUCCAGAGCACUCGAGUUAUUGCUGGAUAAGGGUCACGUGGUAGAUGGAGACCACGUUACGCUUGUACAAAGUGGAGCUCAACCAAUAUGGCGGAAAGAAUCUAUUCACCACAUUCAACUAUUACGGUUAUUCUCCCCCUACUUGCUCAUUUGUCGUCCAUCUCCCAUGGAGUCAAUGAGGCAAGAAAAGCACAGUUCUUAAGAAAACUCUCUCUCUUGUCGUCCAGCUCCCAUGGAGUCAAUGGGGCAAGAAAGCACAGUCCUUAAGAAAUCUCCCUCUCUUGUCGUCCAGCUCCCAUGGAGUGAAUGCGACAAUAAAUCAUAGUUCUUGAUAAAUCUCUCACAUCAUU